AGCUAGUCGCUUAUUGCUGACGUCAUCACUCCCCGCACAGUGGACCGGUCCUGUCUGCAGCGCUCCACGUGUGUUUGUGCUUGUUGUAAACUAGUUCCCAUGGCGGGCUCGUUCUCCCAGGAACUGGAGGAUCUGUUGAAUCCUUUACCCAAAUUCGCUGAUCCGGAGGAUGACGGCGACGAGGCGACCAAAGCCAAAGUGGUAGAAAGAUUCACCGAAGACGAUGAUGAAGAUGAAGAUGAAGAUGGCCUCAGUGCUCUGCGGAAGCACAACACAUCCCUGCUGUCAGAGACGGACAGACGGUAUGUGGGGAAGACGGUCUCUCGUAAAGAUCUGCUGAUGGAUGAUGAAGCAUCUGGUGAGGAGGAGGAGGAUGAUGAUGAUGAGGAGGAGGAGGGCAACAUAGAAGAAGAUGAAGAAGAGGAUUCUUUAGGGGAUGAUGAUGAUGAUGAUGUAGAGGAUGAGGAGGAGUUGGUGGGCAGUGAGGCCCAACUAGAUGCUAAACUGGCGUCUAAGACGAAGGUCGCUGACGUGACCUCUCGUCAGGGGGUGGACUUCCACAAACUGACCGAGGGCAUGGAUGACCUCGGAGUGAGUGAAGAUGAUGAUGAUGAUGAUGAUGAUGACAGUGGCGAGGAGAUCGAAGGCAGCGAUGAAGACGACGACUCGAUGGAAGACGACGACGGCGAGGAUGAUGAUGGAACCGUCCGCACGUUCUCUCAAGAGAAAGUAGACGAGGAGGUGGAGAAAGGGAAGGCCGUGAAGGGCCAGCUGGCCCUGUGGGACCAACUGCUGGAGGGCCGGAUCAAACUCCAGAAAGCUCUGGUGACCGCCAACCAGCUCCCGCAGCCGCAGACCUUCCCGGAGUUCAAGAGGAAGGGCGGCGCCGAGCUGGCGGGGGAGCUGAAGAACACCCACAAAGCUCUGAAAGCUCUUCAGAGAUCUCUGCUGGAGCUGCACGACCAGCUGCUGGACCAGAACGCCGACACGAGGGCCGUCGCUCGGGGAAAGACGGACGCUCGGGGCGAAGACGAGGAGAUAAACAGCGACGAGGAUGAAGAGGGGGCCGUGCCGGAGGUCGGAGCGCUUAAGAGAAAACUGGAGAUGGCGGAGUACCCGGACUUCAUGGCCAAGCGCUUCGCCGCUUUCCAGCCUUACCGUAACGCCACGUUGCAAAAGUGGCACGACAAAACCAGACUGACGAUGGGCAAAAGCAGCAAGGGUUUCGGGGCGUUCGACAGGAACAUAUUGACCCAGGUGGAGCAGGUGCUGAUGGACAACGAGAGGCUGGUGCGGCGCACCCAGACCCGACGCUCGGAGUACAGAGUCCUGGGGAAGAAAGAGGCCUCUGCCGUCCCGUCUGAGACCGUCCACACCGAGGAGGAAGAGGAGGUGGAACAGCAGCUGAAAGCAAACACACAUCUCAAGGAUCUGGACGAGGAUAUAUUCGACGACGACGAUUUCUACCACCAGAUGCUGAGAGAGCUGAUCGAACGCAAGACGAGCGCGUCGGACCCCAACGACCAGGUGGCGAUGGGCCGGCAGUGGCUGGCCAUCCAGAAGCUGCGCAGCAAGAUCAAGAAGAAGGUCGACACCAAAGCCAGCAAAGGGCGUAAAGUCCGGUUCCAAAUCCACAGCAAGCUGGUCAAUUUCAUGGCUCCGAUCGACCACAGCUCGGUGAGCGACGAGGCACGCAGCGAACUGUACCGUGGCCUCUUUGGCCAGAACUCGACAGUCAGGGAGUGAUGUGAUGUGAAGGAGGUGCAUCAUGUGGAGAACAUGCCUGAAGUGUCGGGAUGUAAACAAAGUCAGUGCCUUUCUUCAGAUGUCCUGGAAUGAUGCUGAGCAGCAGUUUGUUAGAACAGACUGGGCCUGCUCCUGACAGAACAUGGACUCAUAGGGCACAUACUGUUCCUCAUUAAUACCUUUAUACUGAAGAACAUUUUCAGUAUGUGUUUGUUGCCUGACGACCAAUUUGUGAUUUAAAAAAA